UUAAGCAUUUCAGGUCCUGUCCUCGUAGCGAUCCAAAUCGGCCAGGGGUGAAACGGUCACUCCACAAAAGGCCUUAUCCGUUUCCUCCCGCUUUCCGCUCUCGGCCCUCCACCUCGUAUAAAUCCCCGGCCCAACCACCGGCGCACGCGUUGAUCUAACUCUACGGUUCUUCUUGCCCUCGCGGAGUCGCUGGUCUCUCUCGCGGUUUUCACACCUCUCGCUGCAAUCUGCCUCGGCCACGCGGUACAAUGGCAAGGAGCACGCUGUCGGCGGAGAAGGAGCGCGCGUACCUUCAGUUCGCGCCGUCGCCGCUCGGCGUGGUGCCCAGCCCGGCCGAGGAGUUCGACGAGUCGGACAUCUGGGGCGCGUUGUACCCGGCAGCGUCGGACCCCAAGCCACCGGGCGGGUCGCCCCGGGCUCGUCAUCCGGUCCCGGCCAUCCGGCCGAACGGGCGGAAGACGAAGCCGGCCAUGGCGGUGGGCAGGGCCGCGCACGGGUCCCUUCCGGUGAACAUACCGGACUGGUCCAAGAUCCUGGGCGACGAGUACCGGGGCCACCACGCGGGCGGCGACUGGGAGCUCGACGACGCCGACGCCGACGACGUGGACGCGGUGGUGCCGCCGCACGAGCUGGCGUGGCGGCGCCGGGCCGCGUCGCUGUCGGUGCACGAGGGCGCGGGGGUCGUCGGCAGAACGCUCAAGGUCCGGGACGCGGUCUGGAAGAGGACCACCGGAUUCCAGGACUGACUGACGACGACCUGGACGCGCCACCGCUAGCUGCUUUGCUUCGCGUUGACAGAGGGAUUAACUUUUGAGAACUGCUAGUAGCUAGUAGUAGCAGUCGACGUCAGCUUUAACAUUGCUCACCCUUUUUCAUCUGGGGUUUGCUCGUGUUUUCUAGAUCAGAGAGAGGAUUGUUCAUUGUGGCAUUGUCACUUUGUUAGUGUUGAUGAUAUGUAUUUUUUAAGAGAAUGCACAAUGCAGCACGCUGCCGAUUUUUAAGAGGAUGCACAAUGCAGCACGCUGCCGAUUUGUUGUACUUGCUAUGGCAUUGUUGUAGAGCAUGCAAGCGAUUGAUUUGUUGUCA